UCAAUACAGGACCUGGAAUUAAGAGGACAACUCCCAAUCCACACAAUGACAGAAGAUAAGAUUACUGGAACCUUGGUUUUCACUGUCUUCACUGCCGUGCUGAGUUCCUUCCAGUUUGGAUAUGACAUUGGUGUGAUCAAUGCACCUCAAGAGAUAAUAAUAUCCCACUAUAGACAUGUUUUGGGUGUUCCACUAGACGACCGAAAGGCUACCAACAACUAUGCUAUCAACAGGACAGAUUCUUUGCCCUCAGUCACACCACCAGCAGACCUAAUACUAACCCCUUGGGGUGAGGAAGAGACUGUGACAUCUGUUGGUGUAGUCACCAUGCUCUGGUCCCUGUCUGUGUCCAGCUUUGCAGUUGGUGGCAUGGUUGCAUCAUUCUUCGGUGGGUGGCUUGGAGACAAGCUUGGAAGAAUCAAAGCCCUGUUGGUAGCAAACAGUUUUUCAUUAAUUGGAGCUCUCUUGAUGGGGUUUUCCAAAUUGGGACCAUCUCAUGUUCUUAUAAUUGCAGGAAGAAGUAUAUCAGGAGUCUACUGUGGGCUAAUUUCAGGGCUGGUUCCAAUGUAUAUUGGUGAAAUUGCUCCAACCACGCUCAGGGGUGCUCUUGGCACUCUUCAUCAACUGGCCAUUGUCACCGGCAUUCUUAUAAGUCAGAUUGUUGGCCUAGACUUUAUCCUGGGCAGUCAUGAUCUGUGGCACAUCCUGCUUGGCCUGUCUGCUGUGCCAGCCCUCCUUCAGUGUCUGCUACUAUUAUUCUGUCCAGAAAGCCCCAGAUACCUUUAUAUCACAUUGGAAGAGGAAGUCAAAGCAAAGAAAAGCUUGAAGAGACUCAGAGGAAGUGAUGAUGUCACCAAAGAUAUUAAUGAUAUGAAAAAAGAAAAAGAAGAAGCAUCAAGUGAACAGAAAGUCUCCAUAAUUCAACUCUUCACCAAUUCCAGCUACCGGCAGCCUAUCAUAGUGGCACUGAUGCUGCACGUGGCUCAGCAGUUCUCUGGAGUCAAUGGUAUCUUUUAUUACUCAACUAGCAUUUUUCAGACAGCUGGAAUCAGUCAACCUGUUUAUGCAACCAUUGGAGUUGGUGCCAUCAACCUGAUUUUUACUGCAAUCUCUGUAAGUCAGUCCCUUAGAUAAAUACUCUGCUUGUUCCAUGGUCCAGAAAUAGGGGGAAUAUGUGAUUUAAAAGUGAUCAGUGACU